AUGGCGGAUUGCACAUUUAUGCUGACACAAAUUCUAUUCAUCUGCUAUUUCUUGAUGGUAAACUGCACACAACCCCACUGUUCAUCUGUGAAAGACUUUGAUGAUUGUCUAGGAAACACAACAGAUUUCUGCCCUAGAGAUGUUGCCUGUGCAUGCAAAGAUGGAAAGCCUUUUUGCAAAUGUCCAAAUUACAGAGGUCAGUGGGGAGACUACUGGUACAUGGGGGACAAGUGCAAACAACUGUGGACCACUGUAGACCUGAUUUUAGUAGCAACAUUGCCUGGAAUAGCACUGGCUGUAAUCGUUGGUGUGGCAAUCCAGAUUAUCCACUACUGUAAAAGGGAAUCAAAGAAGAAUGAAAGACAUCACAGAGAAGAGAGGAGUAUGCCAGAACUUCAACCUUACCAUAAUUCUGCAUAUGGUUUGGAUACUGAUAGGAAUUUUCCUCAACUUAAUCAAAGCAAGAAUCCUUGGAACCUAUCAUACCAGGAAGUCUUUUCCAGAAGUUCUUUUCCUCCAUCAUCACAGCUAUCCAGAAUGAAUUCCAACUAUAUUGCUCAAGAAGUCAAAGAAGGCAUUCUUUACAACUAUCCAGCUCAUAACCGGGAUAGCUCUCUGGGACCAACUAAGCCUGCUGUAAACUAUGGGAGCAAUUAUUUGUCAACCACACACAUGAAGCCAAUCAUUGAUGUUUCUACAUCUGUGCCAGCAAGAGCAACCUAUACUCCGAAGGAAAAGAAAUACUCAGAUUAUGAAGAACUAGAAAACCCUUAUAAAAUAGGCCGUGCACAGAUGAAAUAUGACUAUUAA